AAGAAUGAUUCAUCCCCGAAAUAGAAAAUAACUAGUUGCAAAGGCACAUGGCCAGUAGUCACCAACUUCAUUGAGAGGAAACAAGGACCAGUUCAUUUGUUUUCCAUCUAUAAAUAGACCUUUCUGCCAUGCAGGAUUUUCAUCCCUCUCCCAAGUAGUAGCAUACAGCUCCACAAGGUAGGAUAGAUUUCCUGCAAUCGGAAUUGUAAUGAAAGGAGUUCCACUUUUCCUUGUAGCUUCUGCCUUCUUGGCCUUCGCUUGGUCAUUAGCCUCAGCUUCUGACCCUAGCCCUCUCCAAGACUUCUGUGUAGCCAUCAAUGACACCAAGGAUGGCGUGUUCGUAAAUGGGAAGUUCUGCCAGGACCCAAAGCUUGCCAAGGCAGAAGACUUCUUCUAUUCAGGGCUCAAUAUCCCCAGAAACACAUCAAAUCCAUUGGGAUCAACUGUGACUCAGGUCAAUGUUGCACAAAUACUAGGCCUUAACACUCUUGGCAUAUCUCUGGCUCGAAUUGACUAUGCUCCGUACGGAGGCCUAAACCCCCCUCACACUCAUCCUCGUGCCUCUGAGAUCCUAGUAGUUUUAGAGGGCACACUUUAUGUUGGCUUUGUUACAUCCAACCCAGAGAAUCGUCUCAUCACCAAAGUCUUGUACCCUGGAGAUGUGUUUGUUUUCCCAGUUGGUCUCAUCCACUUCCAGCUCAAUAUAGGGAAAACUAAUGCAGUUGCCUUUGCUGGUCUCAGCAGCCAAAAUCCAGGAGUUAUCACUAUUGCAAAUGCAGUGUUUGGCUCAAAGCCUCCCAUCAAUCCUGAUGUUCUCACCAAGGCCUUCCAGCUGGACAAGAAUAUUGUUACCUCUCUUCAGUCCCGGUUCUGGUGGGACAACAAUUAAUUUGAAUAAUGUGUCAUGAAUCCAUAAGAUAUGGUAGUUUUUUAUUUCGAAUAAUGUGUCAUCCAUCUUCCUUGCUGUUGUCAUAAACCUAAUAAUAAUGGAUCAAGUGAUUACAUUUGUACCUCUC